AUGACUUUGAUGCGACCAAUUAUAAGUGAUAUCUCUCAGCAGUUUCAGCUUCUCGCCUUCCUCUUCCUCCACGUCCUCCACGUCCUCCUCUGCCUCCUCUUCCUCCUCGUCCUCCUCCGCAACCUCUUCUGCCUGAUCCGCCUCCGCCGCCUCCACCUACUCCACCUGCGCUCCUCCUCCGCCUCCUCCGCGACCUCCUCCGCCUCCACCGCCUCCUCCGCGACCUCCGCGACCUCCUCCGCCGCCUCCUCCGCCUCCUCCGCGACCUCCGCGACCUCCUCCGCCGCCUCCUCCACCUCCGCCGCCUCCUCCGCCUCCUGCGCGACCUCCGCGACCUCCUCCGCCGCCUCCACCGCCUCCACCGCCUCCUCCGCGACCUCCUCCGCCGCCUCCUCCGCCUUCGUGACCUCCGCGACCUCCUCCGCCGCCUCCACCGCCUCCACCGCCUCCUCCUCCCCGACCUCCUCCGCCUCCACCACCUCCACCGCCUCCACCGCCUCCACCGCCUCCACCGCCUCCACCGCCUCCACCGCCUCCUACGCCUCCUCUGCAAACUCUGCGACCUCCGCGACCUUCGCGACCUUCUCCGCCUCUUCCACCUCCUUAGGAAGAGGUGGAGGUCGCAUAGGUUACGGAGGCGGAGGUCGCGGAGGCGGAGGUUGCGGAGGCGGAGGUCGCGGAGGCGGAGAUCGCGGAGGCAGAGGUUGCGGAGGCGGAGGUCGCGAAGGUUGCGGAGGAGGACAAGGAAAAUGA